CUCGAAUUUUAUUUUAGCAGUCGCCAUUCUCUGUUAUCGUCGAUCAAGAGUGGCCACUGCAUGUUCAUUUAGCCAGCUUUCAGCCGAACCCAUAGCGAGGCUCGGCAGAGGCCCGCAGCAUAUCUCAUUCAUUCCGGCUGAAUUGUCGCUCCAUUCUUAUAAGCUAGAGAGUUAUUACUGUUACAAUGGCCUGAUAUCAGACCACUGUGGGCGCCUUCGAGGAUGAAUGUGGCCGUGAAGGUGUCACUCCCGUCUGGGUCUACAACAUAUAAAGUCAAUCUAGUGUCCCUCUCUAGGUUCAAUCUGAUCUUAUUCUUGCUCCCCACAAGUCAAUCGUCCGUAAAUGAGAUGCAACCAGUAUCACGGCUAGCGACAGCGGUCUUAUUGCUGUCACUGAUAUCGACGGCGUCUGGGAAACCAACACACUUCGUUGGAGCAAACAACGCGACACAACAGCCGACCAGCGCUACAACUGCAACGAGUGGAAGUGCGACAGCGGGCACAACGCCGGUGAUAACAGCAGCACAUUCAAUCACUUCAAGCAUAUCAACAUGCACUCCAUUUGUUACACCAACAAAUCCGCCAGAAUGUGUUAGCAAAUUUGGCCAACUGAAGUGCUAUGACCAACUAUACUGCGAAUACCCGGCUUCGUGGGGCGUGGGAUAUGACCCAAUCGAACCCUGCUGGACGUGCGACUGAUCUUCGGCUUGAUUGAAGGUUGCAGCACGGAUUGUUGGCGAGUGUCUUCGCCUGGCACUCUCAGACAUGUCUUGAAGCAAACAUAG